AUGCCUUACAUCUCCGUCGACGCCCUCGUGGGUGACGGACCCGUGGCUCCGCCCCCAACGCUCGCCGACGGGGGCCGCGUCUCGGAAAACGCCCUCCGAGAUUGGGGCGCUCCACCCGCGAAUGUCGACGAGGACCCGAAGCGCGUUGCGUGGCGCGCAAACUACACCGCCGAGCUCGCGCGCGUGCUCAACACCCCCGCGGACGACUAUCACGACUCCGCCGCGCGACUCAGCGGCCUCGUCAAGUCCGCGCUCCUCGAGUUCCGGCACCUCAAGACGGAACCGUCCAAGUUCUUCGAGGCGCACCGGCUGCUCGUCAAUCACGGCUUCGAGCAGGGGCCGGGAUUCAGCAUCAGGUUCACGGUCCAGUACAACCUCUUCGCCGGGACCGUGCUCGAGCUCGGAGGUCCCGAACACCUGAGGACGCUCGACGAGAUGCAGCGAAACGGCGAGCUCGGGUGCUUUGCGCUCACCGAGAAGCUCGCGGGCGUCAACUCCGGGCUGGUGGUUCAGACGACGGCGAGGUGGGUCCCGGAUGAGGGCGCGUUCCUGCUGCACACGCCCCACGACGGCGCGUGCAAGAACUGGAUCUCGCAGGGUCUGACGGCGUGUAAAGCGGUGGUCAUGGCGGACCUCAUCGUCGGCGGCGAGAGCAAGGGACCUCACGCGUUCUUGGUCGAGCUUCGCGCGAAAGGUUCCGGGCCGGGGUAUCCCGGCCGGACAUCGACGGGGGUGACCCUCGGGGACAUGGGCGCCAAGACCACGGGUAACGACCUGGAUAACGCGUGGAUAUCCUUCGAGAAUAAGUGGAUCCCGCGCGAGUCCCUCCUGGACCGAUACUGCGACUUGACCGUCGACGGCGGAUACGUCCCACGGGGCGGAACCUCGGCGCCGAUGUCGAACAUGGAGCUCAUCGGCCAGCGCCUCUUCACCGGCCGAGUCGCCGUGGCUCAGGGGGCGCACGAGUUCAGGCGCCGGCUGUUCCGCAGAACGCGAGCGCAUAACGACGCGAAGCCGUGCUGGGCUCCCGGCGGCGGCAGCCACAGCGCCAAGAAGACGCUGAUGCUGUCGUCGGUGCCGCAGCUGAGAGCCCUGUAUCGCGACGCCGACGCGAAGGAGGCGAGGAUGACCGCCUACCUGGCCUCGGUGGAACGGGACCUGUGCGAGACGCUCACGAACGGUACGAGGCCCAGCGCGGAGAUGGUCGAGGCGGUGGCGGCGGCGAAGGUCUCCGCGGUGGACGAGGCGAUCGAGUACUGCCACAGGCUGAAGCAGGAGGUUGGCUCCUACGCGCUGAUGGCCGGCACCGGGUUUGAGCACACGGACUUUCUUCAGUGCUGCAAGUUUGCCGAAGGCGACAGCAGGAUCCUGCUCAUGAAGGUGGCGCGCGAUAGGGUCAAGGCGUACGGUCGCAUCGCGGCGAAGGGCGGCGAGUUUCCCUCGUGGAUGUCGCCGAGGGAGGCGAAGGCGGUGGCUGAGCUGGCGAAGGCGCUCCAAGCAUCCGCCGCCGGGGGAAAGAGGCCAGCGGAGGCUUGGGAGGAACACUGGGACAAGGCGUACGCCACCGCGAGGUUGGCGGUGGAUGACAUCGUGACCAGACGCGUAGGCGGGCCGGAUAAGUGGUCCAACGCUGGGUGGCGCUCGACGCCUGCGAGCCGGUUAUAG